UGUGUGUGUGUGUGUGUGUGUGUGUGUGCGUGUGUGCGUGUGUGCAUCCGUCCGUCCGUGUGUGUGAAUAUACAUAUUCAAUUGGACAAAAAAUAUGUGCAUCGGAAUGCUAGUGUAUGUGUGUCAAUCUAUCUACCCACUUGAUAAGGAGGCCUACUCUGUCAGCAUCAGUGACCCCAAGUGCCUCUGUUAUGCCGAUCGAAUGCCUCCGUGCCUCUGUCUGCAUGCCUGUGUUAGUACGCUGCCCGGGGGGGCUGUCACCGUGCUAUGGGCUGUGGUUUCUCAGAAACCAGGUGGAUAGAGAAUGGGUCAAUCAGGAGCUCCAUGCUAGUACGUAGACACACACUUGUGUGCAGUCAGGAGAAGGCCAAAGAUAGCUGCGUGUAAUGUACCUCUCCAGACCUUCUUUGUCUGAGCUAACGACAGCUCAAGUGAAAAAGUCGGCCAUGACAGAGUAAUUUUGCCGGAUCCAAACAGACCUGAAGUGUGUGAAGAAUAGCUACUGGUCUACUGCAGGACUGAUGAGGCUGAUGUCCUGACUCGUUCUCUGUCAGUGAGGACCGAGGAGGAAAUGAUCAUUCAACCAAUGUGUAUCGUUGGAGAACAGCUGUGUGAUGCUGUGGCUGCUGGUCCUUGUCCUGCCCGGGGUAGCAUGCAGUGCCCUGACCCAGAACCUUCUACAGCCAGACAAUGACCACAGAGACGGUGCUGUUGCCGUGACGACCCGGCCCCACAUCUACUACUGCCGCUCGCCCAACAUGGAGGUCUUCACUUGCUGGUGGCAUCCCCUUGACAACAACUCCGAGAGUGACGACAACGUCACCUACAGCCUCACCUACUCCUUAGAAAAGGGGCCGAGGCGUGAGUGUCCAGACUAUGUAACGGGCGGCCCCAACAGUUGUCACUUUGACAGCGGCCACACGUCCAUCUGGACCAUAUACUGCAUGAAAGUGAUGGCCAGGACCUCCCACGGAGUGUUCAGCUCCAAGGACCACUGUCUGGACGUGGCUGAUAUAGUGGAGACAGAGGCUCCGGUUAACUUGACCUACACCCUGUUGAACGAGACGGAGGAGGAAGCUGGCCGCACCGCCAUGGUGUCCUGGGUUUACCCCAAUCCCUCCCACAUCCAGUACGGUUGGAUCACCCUGGUCUUCGAGCUGCAGUACCGACGCAUCGCCGAGCCCAACAACUGGAAGGUGAAGGGCUUGCUGAGAGAGCCUUGUCUGGAGCUGCUGGAUCUGCCGGUAGGAGAGUACAUUGUCAGGGUGAGAUGCCGUUCCCGCAACAACGGCCUCUGGAGCAAGUGGAGCACCCCUCUCCUACUCUGUGUCCCAGUCAAAUCUACCCCCGAUAAGCUGCUGGCUCUGCUUUUGGUGACCGGUGUUGGGGUCAUGUUGUUGCUAGUCAUCGGCUUUGGAAUUAUCCUACAGGGCAAGAGGAUAAAAGCAUUCCUUCUGCCUCCAAUUCCCAAACCACGCAUCAGAGGCAUCAAUCCCCUGCUUCUGAAGAAAGGGGGCUUUGAUGAGAUCAACCGUCAUUUCAUCUCCUUCCAUGGCUAUAAGCCCCCAAGCUACAGCAAGGAGGAGGUCUGGGAGCCUGUCACCAUGGACAGCAACCAAUCUCUCCAGGCUCCCCCGGGGGUCCUAGAUGUCUGGAAGGAGGAUUAUGAUAUGGCCAUCCACAGCCAACUACUGGUCCAGACAACCUCCAGCCACACCCCUUAUACACCAGUGCCCACCUCUUACACCCCAGUCCCCGCCCCUUACUGCCAGGCUCCAGUGGAAGCCUUCCCGACCUCGUGGGAAUGGCCAACAGCAAACCCCGACCAGCCGGAGCUUCUGGUCUUCCCGGGCACUGACUACAGCAUGAUGAUGAAUCCCACCCCCGUCCCGCCUACGGACCAGCAGGCCCCGCCCCCAUCAUCCACCCAGGACUUCUACACGUGCGUGAAAGUGCUGGGUGACAACGGACAAGUGCAUCUGGUGCCCUGCCUGCCCAACCACCUGAAACACAGCCCCUACAUACAGCUGGAGGAGGAGCUAGAGGAAGGAGGGCUGGAGAAGAGCAGCCAGUUAGAUGACUACCUAGCUAAGAAGAUGGAGGCAGUAGCCAACGGGAGUGCUCCGGGAGAGACAGUGGUAGAGACAGAGGUGGAGUCAGAGAGUGUGGAGCAGAGUGAAGUGGCUGUGCCUUUACUGCCUGGAACCACAGGCACACAGGGCAACAGGGUGUGACCAGUUAGCACACAUACUCACACACACACACACACACACACACACACACACACACACACACACACACACACACACACACACACACACACACACACACACACACACACACACACACACACACACACACACACACACACACACACACACACACACACACACAGCAACAGGAAUUACUCCAGGCUAAAAUGAGGAUGUUAACUCAUGGAUGGACCUUUGAAUAUACCUACUAAAUAUACUAACAUAUAGAUGUGUUUUUGUGAGUGCACCGGCCUGGGACAUGAGUCCUCUGUGUCUAUCCCCCCCUCCCCCUUGCCUGCCAAAUGACAGUGACACUGCUGGACAGACACUGCUGCCACCUCUAUUCACUGCUGCUAUGGCAGGGACCAUGUUCUGACUACAUUCUCUCUGCGGGGAAUCAGAGAUGCAGCAUUUGACUGUGAGCCGAGGUCGGGAUACAAGAUGGAUUCCUUUUGACGCAGAAAAUCUGACAAGAUGAAGAAAAAAAACUUGCAAAGUGUCUUGAACAAUAACAAUAGAUUCUCUGUAGAACUACAACUGUUGUUGUGUGGACUGAGUCACUGAAAGGUCAAGAUACUCACCUGUACUUCGGUCCAAUCUUGUUAGAUAAUAAUGCCUGCGUGAGUCACUGAAAGGUCAAUACACUCACCUGUACUUCGGUUCAAUAUUGUUAGAUAAUAAUGCCUGCGAACUCUCUUGUUGUUGGAUGUAGAAUUAAUGACCAACCACUCUGUGAAAGACGCUUCGAUUUUUAACAGUCAGGUUUUAGGGCUCUGUGUACUCAUUUAAUUGGAUUUAGGUGAAAAGUUUGACGAAUGCAAGAAUAGCAGUUGUACUUCACUGAGACCAGUCAUAGCCGUUCUGAGGCCCUGGCAGAAGUUAACCUGCAUUAAGAGAACAGUGAAGCACACCAAAGAUCUGAACACCCAGACCAAGAGAGCAGUACACUUCUUCAAAUAUAAAUGCAUUUUUAGAGAGAAAUGAUUGUAAUUAUUAGAAUGAAUGAAUUACAGAGGAAAUACGUUAAUAUAUCAAAUGCACUAUUGACGAGAAAUAUAACGAGGCAAUGUUAUAAUAAUAAUAAUGAUAACAGUAAAGUACACUUAGAAAGUGAACUGUCUGGGUUCAAUCCAUGAACUAAAUCCCAGAUUUAACUGUAUGCUUCAUACUCAGGAACUCAACCAAGCAAACAGUAGGAAGUCAACCCAGUAAAGGUGCAAUCUACUUUCAGUCCCGUGUGACGGCACGAACAUACAUACACUCAAAACUUCUUUUCCUUUUCUUUCAUUUUUGGUCAGAGAUUAAACUACAGAUUGCACUGUAUUCAAAACAAGUGAUGGUCAUUUUUGGUCAGAGAUGAAACUACAGAUUGCACUGUAUUCAAAACAAGUGAUGGUCAUUUUUAGUCAGAGAUGAAACUACAGAUUGCACUGUAUUCAAAACAAGUGAUGGUCAUUUUUGGUCAGAGAUGAAACUACAGAUUGCACUGUAUUCAAAACAAGUGAUGGUCAUUUUUGGUAACAUUUAUCAUUUUCAGUCUGUAAAACAGCCUUCACUAUGCAGUGCUACAUGUGCUCUGACUAUUAACUACAUGCUGGAUUUGAAAGCACUUAUUUACCAGAACAUAACACACACUCUCUCUCAGGGGAGAAAAUAGAGGAGGCUAAAGAAAAGAGCACUGUGAUCAUUUGAUUGAUUUUUACAUAAAUAAUAAUAAAUAAUAUAUGCCAUUUAGCAGACGCUUUUAUCCAAAGCGACUUACAGUCAUGUGUGCAUACAUUCUACGUAUGGGUGGUCCCGGGAAUCGAACCCACUACCCUGGCGUUACAAGCGCCAUGCUCUACCAACUGAGCUACAUAGAAAAUGAGGCGACCAGAUGAGUAGGGAGAAAACACAUCUUCUGAAGUGGACAAACGAGGUUAAAGUGUCUAAACUUAUGUACAGGAACAAACAAUGGUUAAAGUGUCUAAUGUUAUGUACAGGAACAAGACAUUUUCACCACACCCACGUACUUGAGUAGAUGUGUUUUUCACAGUGAUUUCUUCAUAAAAUCUUCUUUGACAAGCUUUCCUGGUGAAUAGGAGGGCAUGUAUGCUAUUUAGAAAAUGGAGGCUUUUAUAAUGACAAAAGUAAGACGCUCCCAGUUGCUAGGAAGAUAACCUUGAAGGUGUGUGGAUGGCAGUCUAAUAUUUUCAGAGGAUUUUUACACUAAAUAUAUGCAUUGUUUUCUGAAAGAAACAUGGAGAAACAAAUAAUAUGCAUCACCUGUUAAAUAAACCAGUCUCAGAGCAUUUGAGAUGUCGGGGUACAGUUUAAUUACAUCGGAAGCAGUUCAUUAGCCAUUUAACACACUGGAUAAUGAUGAUAACACACACAGUACGAGAUGAUGCAACGAGUAGCUUAAAUACUUUGUACUAAAACACUGUGUUCCUAUUACACUGGCCCUAUGGAUGGACCUUGGUUAGUCUGUUACACUGGCCCUAUGGAUGGACCUUGGUUAGUCUGUUACACUGGCCCUAUGGAUGGACCUUGGUUAGUCUGAAACACUGGCCCUAUGGAUGGACCUUGGUUAGUCUGAAACACUGGCCCUAUGGAUGGACCUUGGUUAGUCUGUUACACUGGCCCUGUGGAUGGACCUUGGUUAGUCUGUUACACUGGCCCUGUGGAUGGACCUUGGUUAGUCUGAAACACUGGCCCUAUGGAUGGACCUUGGUUAGUCUGUUACACUGGCCCUGUGGAUGGACCUUGGUUAGUCUGUUACACUGGCCCUAUGGAUGGACCUUGGUUAGUCUGAAACACUGGCCCUAUGGAUGGACCUUGGUUAGUCUGAAACACUGGCCCUAUGGAUGGACCUUGGUUAGUCUGUUACACUGGCCCUAUGGAUGGACCUUGGUUAGUCUGAAACACUGGCCCUAUGGAUGGACCUUGUUUAGUCUGUUACACUGGCCCUAUGGAUGGACCUUGGUUAGUCUGAAACACUGGCCCUGUAGAUGGACCUUGGUUAGUCUGUUACACUGGCCCUGUGGAUGGACCUUGGUUAGUCUGAAACACUGGCCCUAUGGAUGGACCUUGGUUAGUCUGAAACACUGGCCCUGUAGAUGGACCUUGUUUAGUCUGUUACACUGGCCCUAUGGAUGGACCUUGGUUAGUCUGAAACACUGGCCCUGUAGAUGGACCUUGGUUAGUCUGUUACACUGGCCCUGUGGAUGGACCUUGGUUAGUCUGUUACACUGGCCCUAUGGAUGGACCUUGGUUAGUCUGUUACACUGGCCCUAUGGAUGGACCUUGGUUAGUCUGUUACACUGGCCCUGUGGAUGGACCUUGGUUAGUCUGAAACACUGGCGCUGUGGAAGAACCUUGGUGAGUCUGUUUUACGUGUUGGCACAUUUUUCAGGUUUAAAUGACUGAUGUUUUUAAUGUCUCUUGCUUGGUUUUUCUCGCCCCUUGUCCCCCCCCCCUCUCUAUGAAGUCAGGUGGUUAGUCUGAUCCUUCCGCAGGUUCACCUACGGAAACCUUGUUACGACUUUUGCUUCCUCUAGAUAGUCAAGUUUGAUCGUCUUCUCGGAGCUCGUCUACUGACUACCUACUGACUACCAUCAGUCGUCCUGUACAGUGCUUUUCUCUGUGUUGUCAUACUGUUCUGUUCACUGUUGUACUCUGCUGUGCCGCUUCAAGUUUGUGCCUUGACUUGACUGUGUGGAACUCUCCUGUCCUUAUAAGUGCUCACACUGGUAGACUGAAAUUAUAUUUCUAACGAGAUAGACACACACACACACACACACACACACACACACACACACACACACACACACACACACACACACACACACACACACACACACACACACACACACACACACACACACACAAUAACACAGACAACAGCGGUAUUUGUGAAGGCCAUAUAGGACACGUAGAAGCAGUCAGGUCAAAUUGUUUCUGUUCUGUACAUUGGAUACGGUCGGGUGGGUGAGUUAUGUUGUUUGUUUUGGAAGCUAUGUCCCCUGCUGCAAGAUCUUUCCCAAGCAGUGAAUAAAGCCUACUGCUGACCUGUC